CGGCCCCAGGGUUGAUGGGUUUUAAUUUUUACUUUGAGGCUGAUGUGUGCUUGUUUGUAGCGGUGGCGCUGAUUUGGCUUGGACAGGGCUAGGUGUUUUCACCGUCUGGAGGUGAAGAGCUGGAAAUGUGGACAGUGUAGUGGUGAUGCUGGAAGGAUGAAGGCUGACUUUAAAAGGUGUAGCUUUUUGAAGUGGGAUAGCAGGAAUGAGGAUUGUACACCUCCUUCACAGGAGGCACUGAGGUGCAGAACAUGGUGGUUACUUUUGAUAGGGGAUUCUCUUUGGAAAAUGCCAAGCCGGAAGUAUGCUGAUGGCGAGGUGGUGAUGGGCCGUUGGCCAGGAAGUGUCCUGUACUAUGAAGUACAAGUGACCAGUUAUGAUGAUAUUGCUCAUCUUUAUACUGUCAAGUACAAAGAUGGAACUGAACUUGCAUUGAAAGAAAGUGAUAUAAGGUCUCAGUCAUCAUUCAAGCACAGGAAGAGCCAGUCAUCUUCAAGUUCUCCCUCCAGAAGAAGCACCAGCAGAUCUCGAUCCAGGUCCCCUGGUCGGCCAGGGAGAGGGAGACGUCGUUCUUCUUCCCAAAGCAGAGAACAUAAAGACGACAAAAAGAAAACCAUUCAGGAAACCAGCUUAGCUCUACCAGCGAAGCCGAGUGAGAAUAACACCAAAAGGUACAACGGUGAACCUGAAAAUACGGAAAAAAAUGAUACAUCCCGCAUAAUCUUGGAGCAAAAGUUAAAACCGGACCUGGAAGUAAAGCAUUUUGAACAGUACAGCCUGCGUUCAAGGAAAGAUGAAAGGAAGAAAGAUGAGAUAUAUUCAGAGAAAAAGAUUUUUACGACAGUAAAAACAAUUGAGAAAGCGCUGUCGAAAACAAAGGAGCUGGAGUUUGGGGGAAGAAUUGGGACCUUCAUGCUGAUAUUUCUCCUGCCUGCUACUGUAUUCUACUUGCUGUUAAUGUGUAAACAAGAUGACCCCAGUCUUAUGAACUUCCCUCCUCUUCCAGCAAUUGAAAGUCUUUGGGAGACGAGGGUGUUUGGUAUUUUUGUCCUGUGGUUUUUCCUUCAAGCUCUGUUUUACUUGCUGCCGAUUGGAAAGGUUGUAGAAGGCCUGCCUCUUUCAAAUGGAAAGAAACUACAGUACCGGAUAAAUGGGUUUUAUGCUUUUAUUUUCACUGCUGCAGCUAUUGGAAUUUUAUUAUACUUUCAGUUUGAACUUCAUUAUUUGUAUGAUCACUUCAUGCAGUUUGCAGUGUCAGCUGCAGCUUUUUCUUUGGCAUUGAGCAUUUAUCUGUAUGUUCGGUCCCUGAAAGCACCUGAGGAAGAACUGGCACCAGGUGGAAAUUCUGGGUAUUUUAUUUAUGAUUUUUUUACUGGACAUGAAUUAAACCCUCGUAUUGGCAGUUUUGACCUUAAAUACUUCUGUGAGUUGCGUCCAGGAUUAAUUGGCUGGGUUGUUAUAAACUUGGCAAUGCUGUUGGCUGAGAUGAAGAUACACAAUCUGAGUAUGCCAUCCCUGUCAAUGAUACUUGUGAACAGCUUUCAGCUUCUGUAUGUGGUGGAUGCUCUUUGGAACGAGGAAGCCAUUUUGACUACAAUGGAUAUUACCCAUGAUGGAUUUGGAUUCAUGCUGGCAUUUGGAGAUUUGGUGUGGGUUCCAUUUGUCUACAGUCUGCAGGCCUUCUAUUUAGUGGGUCAUCCUACGGUGAUUUCUUGGCCUGUUGCUGCCGCAAUUACUGUUGUGAACUGUAUUGGGUAUUACAUAUUCCGUAGUGCAAAUUCUCAGAAAAAUAAUUUCCGAAGGAAUCCCGCAGAUCCCAAAUUGGCCAAUCUGAAAUUUAUACCCACUGCAACUGGAAAAGGACUUCUUGUCACGGGUUGGUGGGGUUUUGUUCGUCACCCUAAUUAUCUCGGUGACAUCAUCAUGGCUCUAGCAUGGUCCCUACCCUGUGGUUUUAACCACAUUUUACCAUAUUUCUACGUGAUAUAUUUCAUCUGCUUGCUUGUUCAUCGAGAAGCACGUGAUGAACAUCAUUGUAAGCAAAAAUAUGGCUUGGCAUGGGAAAGGUAUUGCCAGCGUGUACCGUACCGCAUAUUUCCUUACAUCUACUAGAGCACUCCAGAUUCCUGAUUGGAAAGUUACUUCUAAAGUUAGUUUCUUGGCAGAUAAAAAUAUACCUCUUACCUUUGCACUUGGUCAUUUGUCAUUGAGGCUUUUUUUGAAAAAAAGAAAAAAAAAAAAAAAAAAAAGGCCAAACAUUGGAGUGCGUCAAAAGUAUUUACUUGUAAACUUAAAUACAUGAGUUAUGUGAACUGACUGGCUGUGACUUCAAUUCUUAAAAAAUUGUGAAUUUAAAAAACUCUUGGAGCCCUAAGUUUUCAAGCUAAAUUUUAUCUAGAAUUCCGAGUUUACAUUUUUUUUUAUUGCAUUUGAUUAAGCACUGUGAUAUAAAGUAUAUUAUUUUCUUAAUACAAUAAAUGCUGAAAUUCCAUCCA